AUGGAAAUCGCUAGCAGUGUUGGUACACCAUUGCAGCUUGAUGCGACAACUAAAGAGCAGAGAUUUGGAUAUUAUGCUCGAGUUCUAGUGGAUGUUAACCUCCUAGGUGCACUUCCCACCUCGAUCAUGGUGGAAAGAGAGAAUCUUUGCUUUCCAGUUGGGAUUGAGUAUGAGAAUCUCCCACCUCAAUGUACUCAUUGCGGUCUUGUAGGGCAUGAAAUGAAGAAUUGUAGACAACUGAAGUCCAAAGAGGUAAGGGCUAGGCAGACGAAGCUACACCAAGAAUAUAGAGUCAAAAAUAAGUUGCAGGUUGACAAUGAUGGUGCUGCUGCUAACAAGGAUCAGACUAUCAAUGAUGUUGUCAGAGAGAGUGAACAGGGUGGAAGAGCCACCCAUUGUGAGCAGGGUGGAAAAGUCACCUGUUUUGAAUAG